AUGAAUGCUGCUGAAGUGUGCGGCCAGCUCGCCUCAGCGCUGCGGGAUACACACGCAGAGCCGUCCGCGGGCGCCCAGAGGCAUCUGCACGCAUUGGUGUCGCAGCCGUCCACAGACAAGAGCGAGAGGGCGAGGAAACCGCCCGGCACCUUCGACCCAGUGCUGCUGCAGUUCCUGGUGUGCCCGCUCUCCAAGAAGCCACUCAGAUGUGAAGCACCGACCAAUGAAUUGAUUAACGAAGAGUUAGGAAUAGCCUAUCCAACUAUUGAUGGGAUUCCUAAUAUGAUACCACAGGCAGCUAGGAUGACACAUCAAAAUAAGAAGCAAGAAGAAAUGAAGCAGCAUUAG